UAAGAGGCUAGACCACACUAGCUUUUAUGUAAAGCAAGAACCACACCAUCCCCUAUCACUAGAUAAUAUCAUCCCCACUUUCCAUGCAUGAAAAUAACUAACCCAACUGAAAUAUGGCAUCAUCAUCACCAUCCAUAGCAACCACAGCAAUCUUCUAUUCCUUCUCUACAAAACCAUCUCCUUCUUCCAUCUUUCUUGCCAAAAGCUACUCAUUCCCUCUCCAAAACCACCCAUUUCCUAAAAUCACAUACCACUCUCUCCUCAAUACCAGAAGCCAUCAUUCAACCACACAUCUCAAUGCCAUUGAAAGAAGCCAGUUUGAUGGAACCUCCCCUCUUCUUCUCCAAGAAGAAGAAGACAUUGGAGUCGAGGAGAGCGUAGAAGUGCUCAAGAACGCUGCAAAGACAAGACGGGUCCCAGCGGCGGAGGUUCUCUCCGCACUUGCUGUGAUCAAGAAGGCAAAAAUUGAUCCUUCAGCAUUUCUCGAUACUCUUGGCGGAACAGAAUCUCCUGGGAGGACAUGGAUGCUUAUUUUCACUGCUAAGGGUCGUCUGGAGGGCGGUAGCUAUUUCCCAGUCACUGCUGUUCAGCGAUUCGAUGCUACUGCAAAGAGAAUUGAGAACGGGUUAUAUCUGGGGCCAAUCGGAUGCCUAACCUUUGAAGGCAGGCUUUCAUGGAAGAACAGGAUCUUGGCUUUCAUCUUCGAGUGUGUCCGGAUAAAGAUUGGUCCAUUCGGGCCCUUGAAAAUCAACCUGGGGAAAGGAGAGGAGAGGGAACCAACCACGAAAGAUCCGUUCUUCAUCUGGUUUUACGUGGACGAAGAAAUAGCAGUUGCCCAAGGUAGAGGUGGGGGCACUGCCUUCUGGUGCCGGUGUCGCCGUGUCACAUAGUUCUGGUCCAUCUUUCAAUUUGAUUAGUACAUAUGUUUUCUGGUGUAUAUAAUCAUAUAAUUUCUGUUUUGUUAAUAGACUUAUUAUUCAAAGGAUGACAGUCACCAAGUAAACCUAUUUCAUCAAUGUGUAUUGUAAAUCAGACAGCAUUGGCAUUAUAGCAAAGAAGCCCAUGUCUUCAAACUUGA